CCAUAGCAAACUUGGAGGCCUUAUUUAGGGUCCUCCCUUUUCCCUUCCUACCCUACUUCCAAGAAGAGGACAAAGGUGCCUUCAGUAGACACUUGUGGCUCCCCCACCCCACCUCACAGAUGCAUUAGGAAGCCUCAGGUGAGCAAUGGCAGGCGCUGGUGAGCGCAAAGGCAAGAAGGAUGACAAUGGCAUCGGCACUGCCAUUGAUUUUGUGCUCUCCAAUGCCCGGCUGGUGCUGGGUGUGGGUGGAGCAGCGAUGUUGGGCAUUGCCACCCUGGCAGUUAAGCGGAUGUAUGAUCGGGCAAUCAGUGCUCCUACCAGUCCCACCCGCCUGAGCCAUUCUGGGAAGAGGAGCUGGGAAGAGCCAAACUGGAUGGGCUCCCCUGGACUGUUGAACAAGGAUAUGAAGACAGGCCUGAGCAGGUCUUUGCAGACUCUUCCCACAGACUCCUCUACCUUUGACACAGAUACAUUCUGCCCACCCCGGCCCAAACCAUUGGCCAGGAGGGGCCAGGUAGACUUGAAGAAGUCACGACUCCGCAUGUCCCUGCAGGAGAAACUUCUUUCUUACUACCGGAACCGGGCAGCCAUCCCUGCUGGAGAGCAGGCUCGGGCCAAGCAAGCUGCAGUGGACAUCUGUGCAGAGCUCCGGAGCUUCCUGCGGGCCAAACUGCCUGAUAUGCCACUUCGGGACAUGUACUUGAGUGGCAGCCUCUAUGAUGAUCUGCAGGUGGUGACAGCUGACCAUAUCCAACUCAUUGUCCCCCUUGUGCUGGAGCAGAACCUGUGGUCGUGCAUACCUGGUGAGGACACCAUCAUGAAUGUCCCUGGAUUCUUCCUGGUCCGUCGUGAGAACCCAGAGUACUUUCCUCGUGGUAGCAGUUACUGGGACCGCUGUGUUGUAGGUGGCUACCUCUCCCCAAAGACAGUGGCAGACACAUUUGAGAAGGUAGUGGCAGGCUCUAUCAACUGGCCAGCCAUAGGGUCCCUCCUGGACUAUGUGAUCCGACCAGCACCACCCCCAGAGGCCCUGACACUAGAAGUGCAGUAUGAGAGGGACAAACAUCUUGUCAUUGACUUCUUGCCAUCAGUGACCCUUGGUGACACUGUCUUGGUGGCCAGACCACACCGCUUAGCUCAGUAUGACAACCUGUGGCGGCUGAGCUUGCGUCCUGCUGAGACAGCACGCUUACGGGCUUUGGACCAGGCUGACUCGGGCUGCCGAUCUCUGUGCCUCAAAAUCCUCAAGGCCAUAUGCAAGUCCACUCCAGCACUGGGCCACCUCACUGCCAGCCAGCUAACCAAUGUCAUCCUCCACUUGGCCCAGGAGGAGGCUGACUGGUCUUCAGACAUGCUGGCUGACCGCUUCCUACAGGCCCUGAGGGGACUCAUUAGCUACUUGGAGGCUGGAGUCUUGCCCAGUGCCCUGAACCCCAAGGUGAACCUAUUUGCAGAGCUCACUCCUCAAGAAAUAGACGAAUUGGGAUAUACUCUCUACUCCUCGUUGUCUGAGCCGGAGGUGCUGCUGCAGACGUAGGGCAGGUGAAGGCUGGAGUGGGCGUCGGGUGAUCAGACCCAGAGUCUCCGUUAGAAACACUUGGCUACAUGGUUGGUGCCUCACAGGGUCCCUAGGUGCCUCCUGUCUGCUGGUCAUUGUCCUGUUCACUUCAUGCUGAUUAGAAUGACAUCCCUUCGGUUUUCCCACCCAUCCCUAUUUUUGUUACCAAACACUGUGCUCCCUAUUGCCGCCUUGCUCUAGGCUGAUUUUUUUCUGGAACAGAGAAGGUGGAGUGCUGGCCUCAGCUGUUGGGUGUUUUGUUUUUGUUUUUGUUUUUUGCCCUAAAUUCCUUGCUCUUCUGUCUGCACUGUUCUGCCCUUUGGCCUCUUACUCUCUGUCUUUCCCUUUUUUGGUCACACCUGUUUGCUCAUGCCCCUGGAGCACAUUUGCCUAAUGAAGAUGUUGCCUGUGGUGUCACAGAAGAGCUGAUUGCAUGUUUUCAAGCUGCACUCUGCAGAGUGAUGAGACAGUAUUUAGAUUUGCGGAGGGGGUGGGAGUUGACAAAGAGUCUCUGCCCUGGCAAAUCAGCCUUUGACUCUGGUUCCUGGGAAGCAAGCGCCCUUCUCCUCCCCUUCCCCAAGCAACUCCUGUGUUAAGACUUUUUCACCUGGGGCUAGUGCAUUGACCCCAUACAGGAGGAGCUGGUCCAGUUAUUUUAUUGGACAUUGUGCUUCUUUAUGGCUGUCAGUUGAGAGCACAGGGGGAAGGGGUUCUGUGUUCCCACUGUCUGUUUCUGUCUGUAGUUACUAAAGUCACUGACAGGGAAGGCUUGCGGGCUUCACAGGUAGCACCUCCAGGGAUGCUGGCUUCCUUUAUUGCCAACAGAAGAAGGCCUUGCUUUAGCAGUAGAGGUCAAGGGAAGGCAGUAAGUGGCUGAGUGUCAGCUAAAACCCAUGACCAUGUUUUCUUCUUGACAGGCUCUACCUUUCUUAAAUGUUGCCUUAGAGCAAGAAUACACCCAGGGCCAAUACCUCCUACCCAACCCCUCUUCUCAACGACCUGAGAGAGUGUUUAAUGAAUACUAUAGGUACCUCCACAGGCCAGAGGGGACAUGAAGCCCUUGUCCUUCGCCUGUCUCCUGGGGAGAUUGGUGCUACCUAGGAAGAGAAUACAUAGAUAAGACACACAGGAAAGAGUUGGGGCUUCCCACAUUGCUUCUAAGACCGAUAUUUAUGGCCAUGUAAUUGUAUCCUAUGGGUGGGGGAAGGGAGGUGUUUAGUAUGUCAUGUCAGUGUGUCUUCCGUUCAUGACAAGAGUCAGCCUGGUUCAAAACCUGUAACUCUGGUUCUGAUUUGCUCAUCUAGCAUUUUGUUCUCCCAUCAAGUCUUUCUAUUUUAUCUAUUCUUGCUACCUCUAACAGUGUGAUUCUGGUGACACACUCUGCAGCUGUGUUGGCCCUUCCUAAUGAGGGUGACAUGAAGUGACUAUAAAUAGCACUGACCCUGAAGCAACCCACUUGAAAUUAGGGUAGCAUAGAUAACCUGCCUUUUUUUUUUCCUCUUCCCAUAGGUUAGGAGGUUGAGCCGGGCUAUAUUUAGCCUUUCUGCCUCUUCUCCCAUAUAUAUAUAUAUAAAGACUCCUUCAGGAAUUUCUUUUUGAUUUGUGUAAGAUAGUACGAGAAACUUGAAAGAGAUAAAGCCAAGCACCUUAACUGAAACGUGACCUGCUGGCUGUUUAUAAUAAUGAAACUGGAGUUGAAGACAUGUGUUGCCUAGGUUGGACUGAGCAGAUAUAGAAGGGCUGUUUUGAGGGGGUUCAAGGUUCUAGCUGGUGCCUAUUGGGGCUGUGGUUGGUAGAUGGCUUCAAACCAGAUUUUGUUUAGAUAGCUUUGGAUUUCCUGUCAUAAGUAUUAUAAGACUUUCCCACACUGUCGUCUCUGAACUGAUUCCAUUUAAGAUACCAGAGAGAGUGCAAAUGAAACACUAAAGUUUGAAGAUGCUCCCCCUUUUAAAUGUCCCAAAUAAUCACAGCCAUAUGUCAUUAUGAACUUAAGAAAAGGACUUUGGACUGUGCUUUGCAAAAACCAAAAUCUUGACUUGGCCAUCUUACAAGCAAGAGCCUCUUAGAAGUCCUCAGAGCAAGGAGAAGUGGGAACAGUUCUGUCCUGUGGGCUUGUUGAUUAGCUGGGUAGGCCUUCCUCUUUGCUGUCAUUUUCUUUGUCAUAAAGUAUGGGAGGUGGCCAAAUGCUCUGGGAUGCUUGGAUGGAAGAAAAUAUUCUGUUCCUCCUCCCCUCUAUCACAUGUCAAAGACCCAGUGGCUGCCCCGCCACUCUGCCUUUCUCGUAAGUAACUCCCGAAACUGCAUACUUGAUACCUAAAACUGUACACAUUACCUUAAUAACCAAGCAAAUCCCAAUUUUAUUUUGGUUCUUCUCUGUUCUCCUUUCUCAAAAACAGAAUUCAGGAUAGCAGUAUUUUUCUUCAUAUUAACAGUUGAGUCUUUUUAAAGAAAUAAAGAUGGAAAAACUGUUGGAGACCCAUUAUCUUCUUGGGCGUGGCCCUGACUGAUUUUACUCCACUGUAAUCCUCCAAAGAGCUCAGAUAGUUAAAGUGAAUCAGCUUCAGGAACAAGGGCCCUUGCUCUCCAUGUGUUCGGAGCCUUCUGCCAAGGUAGACUUCCCUUGGGAUUAUGACUUGAUUGGACUGAGAGGAUAUGCUACACUUUUAGCUUUUUUUUUUUUGUUUGUUUGUUUUUGCUUUUUGAGACAGGGUUUCUCUGUGUAGCUUUGGUGCCUGUCCUGGAACUCGCUCUGUAAACCAAGCUGGCCUCGAACUCACAGAGAUCUGCCUGCUUCUGCCUCCUGAGUGCUGGGAUGAAAGGCGUGCAUCACCAAAGCCCGGCAAUUCUAGCAUUUUUUGCUUAAAGCUCAAGACUAAGGUAAAUGAUGAGGCAGUGGGGGACUAGAGUUGACCCUUUCACCAGGCUGGAAGGUUGUAAACCUCUUAGAUUUAUAAAUGGCCAAAAUACCAGGAUUGUAGGUUCAGUAUUUAACUGCAGACUUGGGGGUGAGAUUCGUGUUAACUUUUAUUUUGAUCACCUUCUAGUCUUUAAACUCUUGGUCUCUGAGGCCAGGUCCACAACUUGCCUUCUUCCCUGCCUUUCCAGGGUGGUCAGUGUGUUAAGCUGGUAGAAUGGAAUCAGUCACCAAUCUUUGUGUCUUGUCUUGGCUGGGUCCAUAUAGGAGCAGCUUAGUUUUGAGGCCCAGAGAACUUUAUUCCUUUUUCUCCUUGAAGGAGGAAACUCAACUGGGGAAAAUAGCACUUCUGCAGCACGGGAAGAAGAAAAUAAAAAUCUCCUUUCCAACAACUC